AUGAUCUUUCUUCCCUUGAUCGGCAAUAGAGUACUUAUUUUUGAGAUAGAUGACAUCAAAAAGCUAAGGGAAGUAGGCAUUGUUGGGGUUCUUCUGGGCACACUUCCCAAAGCUCCUCAGCAGAAUGUGUUUUUGGGUGUACCUUUGCAACUCAGCAUAUAUGAGGUUCUUUGGCUUAUUGAUAACGGCCAUGCAAAACUAAUAGAUAGCAAGGCGUAUCAUAAAAUGCUUAUGGAGGGAUCUACCCCUCAGCAAAUCAAUGAGGGCAACAAGGUCCGUCUAGCUGGACCUUCAAAUUCGCAUUACGUGAUUACCCCAAACACACUGCCUAAUAAACUCGAUUUAGACAUGAAUUCCUUUGAAGUUUCAAGAGAUGAAUACCUCAUGCGUCAGCCAAUCUUGCAUGAAAACUUUGCAAAGAAGUAUAAUGCGUUCUCCAAGCUCCGAAGUAUGGGACAUUAUCUAAUGCCUGGUCUACGAUUUGGAGGCACCUUUGUGAGUUACCCGGGAGAUCCCUUGCGCUUCCAUUCACAUUUAAUAGUAAAGUGUGUGAAGCCAGAUGAGGAAGUGAACCUCAUUGAUCUUGUCACAGGCGGGCGUUUGGCUACUGCUGUCAAGAAAGCUUGGGUGCUUGUAUCGGAGGAACCUACGAGAGAUGACUCCAUUGAUGCAUACUCCAUAGAAUGGGCAGGUUUCGGAUAG